GUCAAGGUGAAAUAAAGGCCACAUGCAGCUCGAGGAUGAAGAAAAACAAAGACACGUGUAUUCCUGGUAACCGUGUGGUUUUAGUGCCUUACACAAAGGAACACGUUUUAAAGUAUCAUGGGUGGAUGCAGUCAGCUGAAUUGCAGAAAUUAACUGGCUCUGAACCUCUGAAUCUGGAUCAGGAAUACCAAAUGCAGCAGUCAUGGUUUGAAGAUGAUGACAAGUGCACUUUUAUACUGCUUGAUGCCAAGUCUUAUGAUGGUACCAAUGAUGUAGAAUGCAUGAUUGGUGAUGUCAAUUUGUUUU